UCAAUGUUUUUGUUGACAUAAAACACGCUCGAGGAAGCCGAUUGGAAUAUUUAGUUUAAAGUGUGUUUUAGGAGACAUUUCGAAUUUAUCAAUAUGACUGAUUUAAAUCUUAGUGAUGCAGAGAAGAGUUAUAUAGUGGAUGGAGUAAAGCUUGGUAUUCGUGUGGAUGGACGGGGCCGGCUGGACUACAGACAACUCGAAAUAGAGACCGGAGUAGUUUCCACUGCCAAUGGGUCAGCAAGAGUAAGACUUGACAGAACAGAUGUCUUGGUCACAGUGAAGAUGGAAAUAGAGCGUCCACUACCAGAUCAACCAGAAAAUGGCAGAAUCCACUUCUUUGUCAACUGUUCUGCAAAUGCCACCCCAGAGUUCGAAGGUCGAGGUGGAGACGACUUGGCCACAAGUUUGAGUGCCAUGAUGGAACGUGUAUAUUCUUCCCCACACACUCUUGACAGAUCGAAGUUGUGUGUCGUGAAAGGGAAACAUGUUAGAGGGCUGUAUAUUGACAUUGAGAUCUUGGAGUGUGGAGGGAACCUGUUUGAUGCCAUCAGCUUAGGUGUCAAAGCAGCACUGUGGGCCACAAAGAUGCCAAAGCUCUAUAUCACAGGAGAAGAUGGAGGGGAGCUAGAGUUUUCUGUGUCAGAUAAUCCACAUGACAUUGAUAGAAUAGAUGUGUCCAAUGCACCUAUUCUUAUCACCCACUUAAGAAUAACAGAGAAUUUGACCGUUGUUGACCCCACACCAGAAGAGGAGUGUUGUGGACCAGUUCGUGUUGUAGUGAGUGUUACACCACAAGGUUUCAUCACAGCAACACAACAGUUUGGUUCCGGGACAUUUAACCCACAGACUUUAACUGCAUCUUUAAAGAGCGCACGAGACCUUGGUCAGAAAAUCCACAGUCGACUCCUCAGAAAAUUGCAACAGGAAGAACAGAUGAGUGACAGACAAGUGAAAGGAUUCCUGUAGUUUUUUGCAAAGGGGAAAAAACUAUUUUAUAAUAAAAAUUUUGCUCACCUGAA